AUGGCUUCACUCAUCAAGGUGUGCAUCCCAAAGGUGUGCAUCCCCAAGGGGUACAUCCUAAAGGUGUGCAUCUUAAAGGUGUGCAUCCUAAAGAUGUGCACCAACGGUGUGCAUCCUAAAGCUGUGCAUCCCAAAGGUGUGCAUCCCGAAGGUGUGCAUCCCGAAUGUGUGCAUCCCGAAUGUGUGCAUCCCAAAGGUGUACAUCCUAAAGGUGUGCAUCCCAAAGGUGUACAUCCUAAAGGUGUGCAUCCUAAAGGUGUGCAUCCUAAAGAUGUGCAUCCCAACGGUGUGCAUCCUAAAGAUGUGCAUCCCAACGGUGUGCAUCCCAAAAGCGAGGACUAUAUCACCGAACCGUUGUUUGGCAAACCCAUCCACGAGACGCACAUCGAACUGCCAUUUUUCGAAGGUCAAAAACCGCACGACGACGCAGACGAGAUGCUGGGAGAUGCGUCGUACCGCUACCUGACCUCGGAGGAGAUGAAGGGACUGGGAGACGACUCCGUCAUGCCACACAGGGACGAGAUCCUAGAGGUGAUCCCGCGCGAUCAGCGGCAGACGCGCGACUACCUGGAAGCGGCUCCCAUCAUCCGACCCGAGAAAGAACGCGAACACGACAACGUCGAACACGCCCGCCAGGAGGCGCCACCGGCCGGCGAGCAGCCGCUGGAGCAGCCGCUGGUGCGCGAGAUCGAGAAGGAGAUCAUGCUGCAGAACAUCAUGAACGACACG